AUGGCCCAAAGCUUCCCGCACCAUGCGGGUAUUGCUCCAGGGCAUCCUGGAAUUCCUCCAGGUCAUCCCAUGGGGAUGCAGCAUCCUGGUGCCGCUCACAUGGGAGGUCAACCUGGGCCCGGAAUGAUGCAGGGCAUGCAUCCAGGAGUAUCUGCGCCCCAAGUCACCCAAGGACCCAUGGUUACUGGUAUGCCACCUGGUGCUGGAACUCCAGCUCCAGGACCAAUGCACAACGGUAUGGCCAUGGCUCAUAUGAAUCCCCAGCAGGCCAUCUUUCAGCAGCAUAACCCGCAAAUGAAUUAUGGCCAAGGGAUGAUGACUCCACAGCAACAGCAGUUCAUGGCUCGCCAGCGCAUGAUGCAGCAGAUGUCUCAGGCUCAAGCACAAGGCAUGCCUAUGGGGAUACCUAAUGCGCCGGGCUUCAAUCAGGCUCAGCUGGCGCAGAUGAAGAUGGGUAUGGGCAUGCAUCCGCAAAUGCAGAUGAAUCCCAACCAUCCUCAAAUGCAGAGCCUACAACAACACCAACACAACCAGCAGCAGUUAAUCCGAGCUCAACAGGCCCAGGCUCAGGCGCAACAGCAUGCAGCGCAGAUGGCAGCCGCUGCGCAGAAUCAAAGGGCAGUAGCUCAACAAAUGCAAAUGUCACGAUCGCAAGAGCAAACUACUCAACCUCCACAAUCACAACCCACGCCCGCUCCCCAAACACAACCUCCUCAGCAACCUCCUCCGACUUCUCAACCCCAAGCUCAACCCGCUCAGCCAAAGCCCCAACCACCACAACCACAACCCGUAAACAACCAACCACAAAAUCAACCGGCCAACCAGCCAGUCAAGACGACGGAGCCCGAAGAGGAGCCUCGUAUUAAGCAGCAACAAGAAGCCGCCGCGAACAUGAUUCUGUCCGAAUUACCCAAACAAGACAUGAUCGGAGGCCAAUGCAUUUUGAAAUUGAUCGAGUACCAGGAUCUUCUCGCCCACCCGGAACGACCAAAUGAUUUGGACUACUGGGAGGCAUUGAUCACUAGAUUCUUUUCGCCGAUCGGAUCAUUGAGACAACAGUUUUUCAACAACAGGUCCGGCGGGGACAAAUCUUUCCAGCUCCAAUUUCCCUCUCUCGCGCGUUACUACCAUUCUUAUUUUGCAAGCGGAGUCAAGCAAAUCCUGCUCCAGUCUUUUGAACAUACGCAAACCAAGACAGCCAACGGUGGCGUCCAUAUCACGAGUAGCAGUGCGAGCUUGACAUAUGUCUUUGGCAACGAUAUUCGAGUGACCACCAACGGACAGCUGCGCGUUCUGUUUGACGACGUUCAAACCAUUGAGCACCUGAACAUCAGCUCGACGGGAUGGCAGGAGUACAUUCCACGCAAUGUGUUGAUGCAGCCCAUGUCGCCAGAAAUGAAGCAGAGUCCCAAGAUCACGAACAAGAACCUCAAACGCACACAAGGCAAGGCAAAUGUAUCAGGAGCAGGGCCAGUGAUUCCUACCUCAGGUGUGGGCGAAUGGGGCAUUGCCGAGGUGAUGACGGCCAUGGGCCCUCUGAUGGAGUAUUACCAGCACCAUCCCGGUAUCUCUCCCAAAGACACGUUACUGCGAGUAACGCAAGAAAAUGCACAAAACAUGGCCCACGCGAACAACACGCGGCUGAACCAAAUGGCCAGGGCCGCCAACGGCCAAGUGGUGUUCCCAAACCAGAUGAACCCCGGCAUGAAUGGACCAAAUAUGAUGAACUCACCUGCAAUGGGACAUCUUAACGUUCCCCAAGCUCAAGGGUCACCCAUGAUGGGAGGCCCAGUGCAUACACCAAGUCCUGCCCAGAAUCCCACUGCGGGAGGGGUCGCCAUGAUGCACCAGAUGAGUGCCCAGGGAUCCAAUCUUAGCGGGAGUCAAGGUCCAAGCACAAACACCAGCCCGAACGUUUCCAACAAGAGGCGACGAGCGAGCGUGGUUAAAAUAGAAGAAGAAAAUGCACAGGGAGAGGUGAACGGAGCGAACAAAGUCAAGCCAAGUCCCAAACUCGGCGGCAAGAGGCAGAAGGGAUCUGCAUGA